AUGGCUAAGCACCAAAUUCAAAACUGGUUAGAAGAAAUAGAUACAGAAAUUUCUUACUACGAGUUAUCUGAUGACGAAGAUCUGGAACAGUUACUUGAAGAUAAUACUGAUGAAUUGGAAAAUAACGAAUUUUUAGAAAAUAUCUUUGAUGGAACGGAUCAGAUAUUUGAGGAUGUUUUUGAAAGUUCUGAAGUUGAAGAUAGCGAAACAAAUCAAAAUUUGCUCGAUGAGAAACCAUGCUGCUCAACUCAGUCUAAACCAAAGAAGGUAAUUCGUAAUUGGAAUUUUGAAAAAAAAGAUUUUGUUACUCCCGAUGUUGAUUGGCAAAGUUGUUUACCCAACCCACCUACUGAGGAAUAUACACCAUUACAGUAUUUUAAUUUUUUUUUUUCCAACGAAAUGUUUGAACUAAUACAUAUGGAAACUAACAAAUAUGCUAUACAAAAAAAUGCAUCUACUCCCAACAUUUCAUAUUACGAAAUUCAACAAUACGUUGGGAUUUUAGUUCUUAUGGGUGUGGUGCAAAUGACAGCCACUAGAUUGUAUUAG